AAAAUAUGAAGUGCAAUACGUGCAAUAGGAAUAACUCAUCUGGAAUGAUAUGUAAUAAUUGUAUAAAUAGGACGCUAACUGACGUACGACGAAAACAGCAAUCAGUAAAAAAUGCCAUAUACCUCAAUAGACAAAGUGACAGUGUAAAAGGUUUAGUAGAUACUGUCAAAAGGACCAAGGGUCACUAUGAUGCAGCCAGGAUGAGUACACGCUUGGAUAAACUCGAUAAGGAAAUAGGCGAGCGGAUACACGCAAAUAAUAACAUACAGAUAGAGUUACGUGACAAACGCAAUGACAUAAUCAGCCGACGACACAAACUCCGUCUAGCAAGGGACCAAGUUGGUGUUUCACAAUCCCAGAAUACAAGACGAUCAUCGUCCUUGACGUUCCUUGAAUUGAAAGAAAGUAGGCGCGUUCUAGCAUUGGAGUGUCUCAACAUAUACGGAUUGCGGGGCUUACAGGAUGGUAUGACGGUUAUUGCGGGUGUUUUAGUACCACCUUUGCACCAAUUACAAUGUUUAUCACAUCUCCAUCUACUAUUUAUAGCCUCGACACUUGCACAAAUCCUUCAGCAUCUAUCCAAUUAUCUCUCUCUACCGCUUCCAUUUACAGCUCACAAUGUGUCUUCAUACGCACCGACUAUUGCUUUAUCCGAGACAAACAAGGUUUUUCUCGCCGACAUAGCACCGUGUAAGACAACUAAACACGUUUUGCCGUCUCUUCAGGCUUUGAGUAUGCUGGUGUACAACAUUUCUUUCAUCUUGAGUGUUUCAGGUUACACUAUAGAGCAUACGGACAUUGUCUACGUACUCAACUUACUCUCAAGGAUUGAAGAUUCACCUGAACUAGGAGCACAAUCAUUUGCAGUAGGAGCUCCAUCAUUAACUAGCUUCUCUAGUCUGAAAUUGCCACUAUCAGCUGUCACGAACGUAUUAUCGAAUAAUAACAUGCUACAUCUUUCCAGUAGUAGCACUGACGAAAGUGAAGAUCAAUGGGAGGUUGUAGAUUAAAAUUAAUUUUUACCUAGCAAACGCACAUAAAA